UUCUUCAUCUGCUGUCAAGGAAGAAGUUACCCCCAUGAUGCAUAAAAUGAACAGUGUGCACGCCAAAGAAAAAGUUCGCCAGUAUUCAGAUGAGUACUUGCUGUUUGGGUUCAUACCAGCGACUCAUGAUGAAAGGUUGCCUUUUUGUCUGUUGUGCCACCAAUGUUUGACUAAUGAAUCCAUGAAGAGAGGUCGUCUCGAAAAUCAUUUGAAGGCAAAACACAGUAUUCAUGUUAAUUCAAAACUGGAGUAUUUUAAAUCCCUAAAGGAGAAGUUUGAAAAAAGAUCAACAAUAAAUUCAUUGUUCUCUGCAAGAAGUGCAAGCAAGGAUCGUGGUCUUGAGGCUAGUUAUGAAAUUUCUCUUCUCAUAGCAAAAUGUUGCAAAAAUCAUACAAUAGGGGAGAAUUUAAUUAAGCCCGCAAUGUCAACUUUUCUGAAAGUAGUUCUUGAAAAAGAUGACCAAGAUCUCAAAAGCAUGCCGCUCAGUAAUAAUACUGUUAGUAGCAGGAUUGAUGAAAUGAGUUGUGAUGUAGAAGUACAACUUGUUGAAAAAUUAAAAUAUACAAAUUUUUCAAUACAGUUGGACGAAUCAACUGUAAGAGAUAGUGAAGCUCUGUUAAUGGCCUAUGUAAGAUAUGUUGAUAAUGGAGAAUUUAUUGAGGAUAUGCUAUUUUGCGAAGCAUUAGAAACCACCACUAUUGCAAUUGAUAAAUAUAAGAAAUUAAAAACAUAUUUAGAUGAUAAGCAGAUACCAAUGGAGAACAUUAUAUCUUUUGAUGGUAAAGCACUUGUCAGUUAUUUAGCAGAUAUAUUUGAAAAACUCAAUGUCUUAAAUAAGGAGCUCCAAGGAACAAAUAUGACUCUUGUUAAUUCAAAGGCCAAGAUAUUUGGCUUUAUAUCAUUUCUGGAAUUAUCCCAAGAAAAUAUUUCUGUCAAAAAAUUUGAACAAUUUUAUUGGCUGAAUAAAUGUGAGGUAACAGAUGCUACUUGUCUUGUUAUUGUGGAGCACUUAAAAAUAAUGGUAAGCGAUUUCAACUUCAAAUUUUCUGAUUUGAAAGAAAUUAAUUAUCCAUCUUGGAUGACUCAGCCAUUGCUAGUGGAUCUGUCAGAUGUAACCAUGGAAUAUCAAGGAGAACUUUCAGAAUUACAAAAUGAUGACUCGAUUAAAGCCCUGUUCAAAAUAAAAGGAACAAUGAUGUGGCUCUGUGAAGAAACACAAGCUAAAUAUCCAAAUACAAGUAGUUUGGCAAGAAAACUACUGUUACCAUUCCCAUCGUCAUACUUAGUGGAAUGUGGAUUUAGUGCUGUGAAUGACUUAUUACUGAAGAAAAGAAACCGACUGGAUAUCACUAAACGAGGCGACUUGAGAUUGAAAUUAACAAAAUUUCUGCCUCGGAUAAAAUCUCUUUGCAGUAGACAUCAGGCUCAAGGGUCUCAUUAA